AUGGCCGACGACGGUCCAUACUCGGCCGCCAACGACUCAGACGGCGACGAGGAUGUCUCUGUGAACCAGCUGUCGCCUUCAGAUGGGUUCUUCGCGCCUUCUUCGUCGUCCAAUGUCGUGCCGCAUGUGCCUAAUGUUAUGCUCAUCGACCCCACACUGCAACGGCCAUUAGAGACAGCUGCAGAGUCCAAAGCACGCGAGGCAGACGAGGCGCCUCUUGCACAUUCCCGCCGUUCAUAUCAUCACACUCCCGGCGCUUCGUACUACAGCGAACAAAGGCAAGCGAGCUCGUUUGCCCAACCUGCUCGGCAUAAUACCACCUCGUACCCGUCUUAUCCACUCUACAUUCCGUCCUCGUCAUCAGCAGCAGCGUCGACAUCGACAGUGCCAUCGGGAUCACAACAGCAGGUACGAGCGGGCCCCUUCAUAGGACGUGCUCCCUCUUUAUAUUCUGACGCGCCGCCUCCCUACUCGCCCUCACCUACGUCCCCCCUCUCUCCCGCAAGCCCGUCCAACCAAGCCAGGAACUACAGCACCAUCACUUACAAUAUGGGUAUCGAGAAUGAGCGGCUGCUGGGGCAAGACCCCGAGAGCAUGGCUGAGCCAGGUGAAGGUGACGAACCACAACGCAGCCCUCUGUGGGCGCGGCGCAUCAGAAAACGUCUGCUGCCGUGGAUGAGUUGGCGCAUGCUGAUGCUUACCGUGAUCUUGCUUGCUGUAACUGUUGGGUUUCUGGCAAGUUCAUAUCGAGUCUUCAAGGGAGGGGAGAAUAAAAACAGCAUCAGACCCCAGGUCCCUUCUGAUGGGGUUGAGCGGCCACCAGAAGAACCCCAGCAACCACCCACAGCACCAGGCGCACCUAGCUCACAGCCAUUGCAACCAACCUUCUGCACGGACGCAUCGCUCCGCUUCCCAGACCAAAUUUUGGCCGUUGACUUUGGCAAGAACCAAAACCUGACAUUUGUGCAAGAUUCGCACAAUCAUGGAGGUAACUCGCAAGUCAGAGUCGGUGGCCAGGUCAACCUACGACUGCUUGAUGGUGGGGGAGAACCCCGCAUCAUACUGGAAAUCGUCACCAACGACGAGAACCUGCGGCUAGAUGUCUUUGCCGAUAAGGACCUGCAGGCCAUGAGGGUUAGUGUGCCUAAGAAAUUUGCUUCCCUUGACUCGGGUGACGUGCCUUGCGUGGAAAUGCGGGCGACUAUCUGGGUGCCCAAGGGAGGCCAGCUAAAAGAGCUCAAGAUUGGCGCUAUUCAGCUUGAUAUUCUUUUGUUGGACGACUUGUCCAUCCAGGUCGACGGUUACUCUAGGAUCACGUCAAUCACGGGAGACAUCGUGUCUGGUGCUGACAAGCCCCUCUCGUAUGAGAACCUGGGUUUGGUCUUCAAUGAGAAUCCAGACUACACCUUUGUCCCGGCCAAGCAAUCUUACAACCUGGAUUCGCGCGUUACUGAGGUCACAAGCACAUCUGGCAAGAUCAACGGAAACUGGCCCCUUUACGAUGUAUUGGGGCUUCACACUACGGCUGGCGACGUCAAAGUCAGCAUCACGCCUAAAUCGGUGCUCGAGUCUGACCCCAAGCCAGCUAUACUGUCUAUCAGCUCUAUCUCAGGCUAUAUACAUGCGACCGAGCCUGUUCAUUUGGUUGACCAGAUACUCUUACGCGAAUACCUGGUUGAUCUCAAAUCAACCUCGGGCGGUAUCCACGGUGCAUUCGCCUUUGGCUCGGGUGUCGAAUUGAAGAGUACGGCUAGUGACAUCGCCGUUGAUCUACUCCCUGUUAUCGACUCGGACAAGCUAUCAGCCUCGCGACCUGCACAGCUAGAGACGACAACUACAAGUGGCACGACGGCAAUUCGCAUACUUGAACCUGUUUGGUUUGGGAGCAAAAAGGCCACCAGAGAGCAAAAGUAUAUUCCUUACCAGCCUAUCGGAAACGGGGAUUCACAUGAUUCAAUCCAGCCUGUGUCUCCACCUGACAGUAUCGCGGGCAGCCGCAGGGCGGCUGCCGUUGCCCGACCGUUUGACUGCCUGCAGGCUCUGCACAAGUCGACUAGCUCCGACGUGGGACUGCGUUACCCACAAUCCUGGGUAGGAGAUCUGCAAGCCCAGUCGACUAGCGGCACGCUCAACGUCAAGGGCAAGGACGUCAGAGUAACCAAAUCUACCGGCGGCUGGCCUGGAACCAUGAUGAAGGCACACAAGGGGAAGAGUGGUAACGGCUCCACCAUCGUAGUCAAUACCAUGAUGGGAAGCUUAGACGCAGUGAUUGGGGACACAUGA